AUGAAUAAACCCAUGGUUAUCCCGAAAACUGAAGAUGUGAAUUCCAUUAUGGUGGCUGCACUCAGCCACAUCAUAAGCGGCGGCGACGAAGGUUUUGUGAUUGGAGAGCGUGUGCCGGAGGAAGAAGUAUGCGGCCAUUGUGGAAUGCGAACUCCAGACUGUUUGGGGUGUGAGUUUUUCCAUGCAGUGAAGAGAAAACGGAAGAGUGAGUAUAGAGGGGUUAACUUACGGCCCUCGGGAAAAUGGGCUGCGGAGAUAAUGGUUCCUGGGAAAGAGCGGAAGUGGCUUGGGACUUUCGAGACGGAGGAAGAGGCUGCUAGAGCUUACGACAUCGCCAACCUCCAAUGUCGAGGAAAGUCUGCGAAGACGAACUUUCCGGUGGAGGAGUACCCGGAGGUUCAACUAGAAGAAAGUUGUCAUGCUAACAAAUUGAAGAAAGAUGACAAAGAGACGACAGAUUCAUAA